AUGGCUCUCGAUAAUGAACCUUUCAAGAAACACAUGAAAAGAUUUGUGACCUUGAUUGUUGAAAAACUGAAGCAAGAGAAGUUGUUUGCUCCACAAGGAGGACCUAUUAUUUUAGCACAGAUCGAGAAUCAAUAUAACACUAUUCAAAGAGCAUUCAGGGAAAAAGGGGAUAGUUAUGUUCAAUGGGCUGGAAAACUGGCCCUUAGCUUGAAUGGCAAUGUCUCAUGGAUCAUGUGCAAGCAUAGGGAUACCCCAGAUCCCAUUAUCAAUACAUGCAAUGGAAGGCACUAUGGAGAUACUUUCUAUGGUCCAAAUAAGCGCAACAAGCCGGUAUUGUGGACUGAGAACUGGACUGUACAGUAUAGAGUAUUCUGUGAUCCACCAUCCCAAAGGUCAGCUGAAGAUUUGGCAUACUCAGUUGCUAGAUUCUUCUCCAAAACUGGAAGCAUAGUCAACUACUAUAUGUACUAUGGUGGCACCAAUUUUGGCAGGACAAGUGCCUCAUUUACAACAACUCGUUACUAUGACGAAGGCCCUCUUGAUGAAUUGGGUCUUCAAAGGGAGCCAAAGUGGGGUCAUCUUAAGGACGUCUAUAGGGCCUUGAGUUUGUGCAAAAGGGCUCUAUUUUGGGGGGUUCUUACUACUCUAAAACUGGGUCCAGAUCAACAGGCUAUAGUCUGGCAACAACCUGGAGCUUCAGCCUGUACAGCUUUCUUGGCCAACAAUAACAACCGUCUGGCACAACAUGUGAAUUUCAGGGGCCAGGACAUUCGCCUGCCGGCUCGUUCCAUUAGCGUCCUCCCUGAUUGCAAGAUCGUGGUUUUCAACACUCAACUGGUCACAACUCAACAUAACUCAAGAAACUUUGUAAGAUCAGAACUUGAAAACAAGAACUUUAACUGGGAGAUGUACAGGGAAGUCCCUCCUGUCAGACUUGGAUUUAAGUUUGACGUGCCAAGGGAGCUUUUUCAUUUGACCAAAGAUACAACUGACAAUGCUCUGAUACCAUUGUUAGUUUAA